UGGCAAUUCUUGAGUGAUUGUUUGUGGGGAAACUGCAGCUUUAUAACGAAUAUGGUCUCUUCGCUAACCUUGUCAGGUCAUAACGGUUAUAUUAAUCACUUUUGCUACUAAUUUGGGAAUAGACUUUCUGGUGUUGCAACAUGACUUACGGUAGAAAAUGGGCAGCAGUGGCGAUAGCUGACAUACUUUUUUAUAAUGAUACAGAAGCGCUCAAACCUAUGCACUGCCUGUGUUCAAGAGCAUUUGUAAAUGACAGAGAGCUGUACCGUUCAGAUUACAAUUCGAUUCGGGAAGACUUGGAUGAUGAUGCCGUUGAAGAAGGCUCGGAUUGUGAAGGUGCGUCAUCUGGCCACGAUGUGUCAGUAGACGAUGGAAGUGAAGAUGGAGAGGAAAUUGACGAGGAGAGGAUGCUCAUGGCGAGCAUGGGACUCCCAGUACAGUUUGGCAGCACCUCUUCUAAGAAAACGUCGGUAAGAAAUUGUACAAAGAGAACUGCAAAGUCCUCGUGUCGGCAAGAAAUAAUCUCCCCCUCCGUCCAGCCUGAGCUUAGAGAAGACAAAUUUUGUGGUGGUGAGGAUCACUCCGAGACCUGCCCUCCACCCGCCGCCGAUCCUCUGGUGAACCCUGCAGGUCAGGACGCUGCCUGGGAACGGUACUGGGCGCAGCAGGGGGAGAGCCUGCUCUGGAGCAGCUGGCUGGAGAAGCACCCGGGGAGUGAAGAAGACUCGGGCACCCCAGCGAUGGGGCCCUGGGACUGCCCUGAAACGUUUGAAGAGUGGGAGCAGCACACCAGCCAGACCUACCUCUACUACUGGGAACAGUUCUGCUACUGGGCCUCCCAAGGCUGGACUAUGGAGGAGGAAGCAUCACCAGCAGUAGGAGGAGAGGAAGACUCUCCCCACCCCGGCGGCGACACCGCUGUACCCUCUGCCUGUGAGCCCUCACUGGACGCAGUGGAGGAGGAGCAGUCAGCAGAAGCAGAGUCUGCAGAGGUGGACCACUCCAGCCAGGAUGACACAGAGGCCACUUGUAGCAGGGCGCCAGAGGACUGUGGUGAUAUGGGAAAUGUGACCCAGCUGGUUGGGGCAUUGAGUUUACAUGCAGAGCAGGCUACUGGAUGUAUCAGGCGGGACUGCACACCUGCUGGCCAUGAGUGUGCCAAGGACAAGGGUGACGACAAGAGCCAGGCUGUGUCACACAAUAACUGCCCUGAAUCAGGAGACCAGCAAAGCCACUCAAGUCAGACAGCUGACAAACCAGCGCUGCCAGCCAUGUUUUCACAAAGAAAUCUGGAUGAUGAUGAGGAGGACGAUGACAACCCUCCAGAGAGUAAAGCGGCUAAACUGAAGAGGAGCCAUGAACUGGAUGCAGAAGAAAAUCCCUCCAUCACUGCGAAGGAGGCGUGGGAUAGCCUUCUGCUGAAACGAGGCACACAGCACAGGUUUGAGAGUGUGAUGAGCUUUAGGCAAGGCCACGAGGGCAACGUGGGCUGGGAUUCAGAGGGCAAAAGGUCGCGACCUGCGAGGCGGAAAAGAGCCGCCUGCAAAGUGAACAAGCACUUCUUCUUCACCGAGACGGGAGAUGCCUGUCCAUCCUCCAAGACCUUGAAUAAAGUUCAGAACUUUCUAAGACUGGUCCAGAGUGAAGCUGAUGAGGAUGUUGCCCAUGAUCCUGAAGCGGCGACCUUAUCCUCCGGCCCUCCUCCUCCUCCUCCCUCUACACAUCUAGAGGAUGCUCCCUCCGGCCCUCCUCCUCCUCCUCCUCCUCCUCCAUCUACACAUCUAGAGGAUGCUCCCCCCUGCCCUCCAUCUACACAUCUAGAAGAUGCUCCCUCCGGCCCUCCUCCACCUGCACCUCAAGUGGAAGAGCAACCCCAUGCUUCCACCAAGUCCUUUCUAGAAGGCAGCCGCUCUACCCUGCUUCUUCACAACAACGUUUGGAAUUUCACUGAAGAGGAACGGGAGGAGGAGGAGGAGGAGGUGGAGGAGAACAAGAGAGAAAAGGGCUGCAAGGAAGAGGAGAGGACCAAGGAAGACGAGGAGGGGGCAGACAUGGAGGUAGCUGAAAGAAGCAGUGAGAAAAUCAAGGCGCCCAGAGAGGUUUACAGCCUGGAUAUUCCCGACUUCCUGCUACCUGAUCCCGUCUCUGAGAAUGAUCAAGAUGGAGGUACUCACGUUGGAAAUGCUGAGGGUGAGCCUAAAACGAAAAAGAAGAAGAAGAAGAGGAAAGCAAGGAAGCGGCGGGCGGAUCCUGAUAUGCCCCCUGAGAUUGCAUCCCAACCCGAACUGGCCAAGUACUGGGCGCAGCGUUACCGCCUGUUCUCCAGGUUUGACGAGGGCAUCAAGCUGGACCACGAGGGCUGGUUUUCUGUGACACCAGAGAGGAUUGCUGAGUACAUCGCUCAGAGAGUGAAGGCCUGCCCUCAGUGUGAGUUGAUCGUCGACGCGUUCUGUGGAGUGGGAGGCAACGCUAUUCAAUUUGCACUCACUGGAAAAAGAGUGAUAGCCAUUGACAUUGAUGGUGGCCGGCUUGCGUUGGCGCAGCACAAUGCGCAGGUGUACGGCGUCGCCGAUCACAUCGAGUUUGUGCAGGGGGACUUCCUGGUGCUGGCCCCCGGGCUCCGGGCGGAUGCUGUCUUCCUCAGUCCACCCUGGGGAGGGCCCGAGUACCUCUCCGCUGAAGUCUUCGACAUCAGGACCAUGAUGACGCCCAAUGGAUUUGAAAUCUUCAAUUUGGCGAAGAUGAUAUCAGAUAAUAUUGUUUACUUCCUUCCUCGAAACGCAGAUGUGGAGCAAAUUGCUUCUCUUGCUGGCCCUGGUGGAAAGGUAGAGGUGGAGCAAAACUUUCUGAACACCAAAUUAAAGACAAUAACAGCCUACUUUGGCAACAUAAUCAAAUCUGAUGAAGUCUCUGAGAAAUAGUCGCCACAAUCUUGUAAUAAUCAUGUACGUGUCUGUGUUUUAAUUUACGUCUGUAAAUCUGAUCUUUUUUUAAACAAACUGUAUAAUGUUAUCCUUGUCGAAUUAUGUUUGCACUUUAGCAGCAUGUUUAUUUUAAUAUUAAAUGUUCAACUUUU